GAAACUAAUUAUACUCGACGAAUUUAAUUUCAGUUGGAAAGCGACAGUCGUGAUGCCGCUUGUUACACCCGAUGACAAUCUAUAAUCUUCAGGUUGAAUGGAAUUUAUCACUAUGAUCACUUUGAAUUAUUUGUAUUUAUAACAUCAGUGGUUUUUAGUGUGAAAGUUUUUGUUAAUCAUACGAUGAGCUCCAGAAGAAAAGAUCCUCUUUCCCCUUCUGGAGGAGAUUACGAUGUUCCGUUCUUUACGGUCGCUCAUUACAAGUCACCAACUUCUGCACCUACAACGUACGAAUUCGCAUCCCCGUAUCGGCCCAACGCAGUGACCGAGGCCACAAAUUCUGUUAACGGCAAGACAGUGAGACGCAUAGUACCCCUGAAUGAGGAUAGAACAAUCACGGAUCGUGACAAUCGUGAUGCAAAGUUGUUCCCGGAUGUGAUAUCCGUUGCAAGUUGUCCCAGGAGCUCGUAUGAUCCGAGUCUGGGUCGAACGAUACCUAGAAACUUUUCGGAUGGGCGACUGGAUAAAGCGGUGUACCGACAAGAUAAAGAUUUUAUACCAAGUUCCGUACUACCAAGGAACUUAUCGGACGGUCGAUUAGACCAGUCAUGUUUACGGUCUUUCCCCGAGAAUAUCGAAAGAAUUGAGCCACCAUUACAAGGUUUUAGUGGAGAGGGAGCUGGAGAAGCUUUGUGUGGUGAUAGUUUAGAACUCGAUAUGUCUCCCGUGCAGCUUGCUUUUGGUCCAAGUUUGCCAGGCGAAUCUUGGUGGCCUCCUGACGAUAUCAUUUCUCCUUCUGAAACUUCACCUCCUUAUCAGCUCCCUCCGCCUCACGAAUCUGAACUUCAGAACAACGGACGUCGAUCAAGAGGUCGUGAAAAAAAUUCGGUGAGUUCUAUUCCGGAAACACCGAUCUCGAAGACUGCUCAAUCCCGAUGUAAUUUAGACGAAAUCCCCGUUAAAAUGUCAGUUAAUUUUUCCAUAAGUCCUCCUUCACGUCCCAAAAUUAGGAAAAGAACUCCUGAUCCCCCGGGGCAGAAAUCUAAGCCCACUACCCCUAAUGGCAUGAUUGACGCUCCCAAUUCCGGCUUCGUGAGAGCGGCCAGAGUAUACGAAGACGCAACGGUCAGUGAUGCCGGGGAAUUUUUGUUCCCGGCAUCUGGGGAAAUCCCUCAAAAAGUUAGUGAAACUCUCCAGCCUUCUUUGUCCAGAAAAUCUUCUUGCAAAAAGCCUAAAGUUAUAUUCGAAGAGAACGAAUCUGGUCCAUGCUCUGAUGUGGAACGCAAGGUGGACGAUUUGAACACAUUGGAUGUAAAGGCAUUACCCGGGAACUCUAGUACAUUAAAGUCAGCAAUGGCUGUUGCCGAAACUAAGUUGGCACAAAAAGUGAUUGAUGCAGCCAUAUCUAAACUUGAAGAUUCGGUUCUGCAACCAUUAACGGUGUUUGAAAACACAGUGGACACUACGCAUAAGGAUUUAAAACAUAUGAAGGAUUCUGGAAGAAGUCGCUUGAGUUCUCAGUUGCGAACUUGCAAGCCUGAAAUCGCCCCAAAACCUUCCCAAGAACAAAUCGAGUCAGCUAGUCGAAGAAAUUCCGCCGUGGAUCAUAACUUCGAUGUUUUGAGACUAUCAGCAGAAAUUUCAAUAGAUCCUCCUCUGAAGAAAUCAGACCCUUCAAUGUGCUCCGCUCAACCUAACGGUAAGAGUCUUAUACAGAGAAACUUGAACGAGGCUCAAGAAAGUCCUCUUGUGUGUAGAGACGAUCCAUCUCGAAAAUUUGAGGUUAUUAUUACUUCUGUUAAAGGAUCACAAGUUAUUACUUCUUCAUGUGGCUACACAUCAGCUCCGUCCCAAUCUAAGGCACAGUCUGUUCAUCCGGCAGUUCAAGUCAGAGCACAGGUGCAGAAACCUACAAAUUUCAGUCAGAAACCUCGAAAAGAUGUAGUUGCCGUUGCUAGAUCUACGUCAUCUAAAGAUCAAACGACGACGUAUUUAAAGUCACCGACGGCUCCUCAGCGACGACAAAACGACGUCAUGAGCAACGGCGAAAGAAACACAGCCUCCAAAUUCAUCGAACCUUCCGCUUCUCAUGUUUCUUCCGGAAGACAGAAUAACGAUAUAUCAAGAGUCUCUCCAGAUGUGAAAAGAACAGACACUACGGCCAGAACUCCUGACGCGACGCAUAGAACUCCUCCAGUAACACCCAGAACUUCUUCAGAAUUUACGCCAAGAACUCCUCCAGUGACGCCCAGAACUUCCGAAGUUACGUCUAGAACCCCUGACGUGAGACCUAGAACUCCUAGGACCCCACGGACGCCCAGGAGCAAGUCCAGAGAACCCAGCUUCUGCCUGGAACUUGACUACGACGAGUUCCCUCAGUCGGACACUGAAUAUUUAGCUCUCCUACACGCCAAGAUCGCAGAGGCUCACGAGCGACAACUGCUGCCGUUGAAAGAAGACGUCGCGGAUUGGCUUGCCAAGCUACUAGGAGAUGACGGCUUAACUCAUCUUAACCUGCUGGAGCGUCUAGGCACCGGAGUGCUGCUGUGUCGUCUCGCUGACAUCGUGAGCCUCAGGGCGCAAGAAGCCAGGCAAAUGGGACUCUCAGAACUCGAGGUACCGAGACUGCCCUACAAGACCUGGGACCGGGCCCGGCAAGGUUCGUUCUUCGCGCGAGACAACAUCGCUAACUUCCUGCGCUUCUGCCGCCGUCUCGGCGUGCACGACAACCUCCUCUUCGAGACCGAAGAUCUCGUGAGCGGCAGCGGCGGGCGCACCGUGGUGCUGUGCCUGCUGGAGGUGGGGCGCCUGGCGCAGACCUGGUGGGGUCUGGAGCCUCCCUCCAUAGUCAAGCUGGAGAGGGAGAUGGAGGGGGAGGAGUGGUCUGCCAGGUCAGACAGUGGAUAUUCUAACGCGUCGUCCCCGCGGGGCAGCUCCCUGGCGCUGCAUCCCUCAGCCCCAAGUCCCCCCAGUGACGGGGACGCUGCCAAGAACAACAGACGUGACUCCCCUGGGGGAUUCAAAGUCCCUUAUGCUGGGGGAUUACAGCUUGCUGCUACCCCCCACAAAACAAAACCGGUGGGGGCGCGGGGCCCCAAACCAACUCCACCCCCGAAACCGGAGUGCAUCAAACAGGCCAUGUAUGCUAUCGUGAACCGGCCAGACUCGCUGCCGGGGGCGUGUACAAGGGGUUGGUCUGGAUCGAAAACCACACCCAGCACCCCAGCCCUGACCCCCACCCACACCCCCAGGACCCGCCUCCCCAUCGCUCAAACCCCCCGGACCUCGGGGAGGUCGACCCCCAACACAACCCCUACAACGCCAACACAGUGUCGCCGCUAUUUAUCCUCGGCACCAAAACAAGGAUCGCGAACCCCAACUUCGAGGAUCCCCUGCCGGACCCCCACCUCACGGACCCCCCAACGGACCCCCCAGCGAGGGUCGGCGGCUUUUGUGACCCCUCAGAAGAGCGGCCGCCCCCCCGUGACCCCGGCGCGCCCCCCCUGUGUCAGGGCUCAGGAGGACGUGGCUAAGCUCAACCGCGACCUCGACAACAGGGUUGCCGACAUUGCACGCCAGACACGCGGUGUGUGCGCGUGUACGGAAGCUUCCUGCACGCGCACGCACAUCAAGAAACUGGCGGACGGGAAAUACGACGUAUACGGCAAAAGUGUAUACGUUAGGCUGCUGAAGGACCGCCACGUGAUGGUGCGCGUGGGCGGCGGCUGGGACACCCUCGAGCAUUACGUCCUCAGCCACGACCCCACACAGGUAGUUGUAUUCAACACCCCCGGAUCAGAACCUUUCCUGCACAUCCGGUCCCGCUACCGCUCCCCAACCCCUAGCCGUGGCACGGCUCGCUCGCAAAAAAUUUCCAAGCGGUUCUCGGGCUCCAAGCCUGGUUUGAAUGACGACGCUCCUUCCCAGCCAGACUUCGAUAACUCGUUUGGUUCCAGCCAGUCACUUUCCGAUGGAUCUUCCACACAGUCCGAGCUAACCGAGGGCGGAGACAAGGAAUUGGUUGAUACUCAAAUGGAGGAAGCAAAAAUCUUGUCCGCGAUUGAAACUUUAUCGAAGUCUAUGUCCCCAUCGUCUAAACAACAUCAUUCUUCUGGUUUCUAUAACGGCGAAGGCGCUAAGGUUUUGGAAGCUCUUGAAGAAUCCCCCACAGACAAUCGCGCUACAAAUGAAGCCAUUGAUCUAAAUUCUAACGGCGUUUCUUCGGCGGUGGAAAAUUCCUCUGACGAACAAGUGGCAGUAAAAGAAGACGUGCUGUCUCCAUGCCCUUGUGAAAUUAUUCCUCCUCUUGGGGCUGUAACAGAAUCAUGCCCGCCUGAACUCUUCGCUGUAUCUCUGACAGACUCUUGCUCGUCUCAGUCAAUGUCCAGUGCCCAGUCAGAGUCUGGCAAUACUGGCAGCACAAUCAUCAAUCCACAAGCCAGUCUCUCUGAUUCUAUUUGUUCAUCGACGCUCCACGAUGAUGUCGAUGAUCCAAAAAUGGCAGAAUCGUGCGAUUCUAUAAGCUCCAUGGAAAAAAGCCAGGAUUUGGCCGAGACCGCAAAUUAAAUAUCGUCAAGCUUCUGGAAAAGAUUCAAUGACUUUUAAUCACGUUGCUGUUAUUAGACCCGUGAAAAUCGUUAAUACCUCGGGAUUUUUCCUAUGUGAUAUUAGAAAGUAGGAUUGUGGGUAGAUCAUCGAGGAAGAUGGAUUAGCGUUCUUGCAGCUUUACACGUAGCAGAGAUGUUGUCAAGCUUCAAUUUCUUAAAAUAUUUGUAGUAUAAAUCCUUGAACGAUCUGAAACAGGCAUGCAGAAUGCAGGGUUUACACGAUACGAAAUAUUUUUUUCAUCAUCGCCCUCGCUAUAUUCAUAGCACAAAGCUCGCAAAUUAGUUGCCGCUGUUUGACGCUUCGUAAUCCCUGUGGAUCUUCUUCUUUAUUAACGUGUU